ACGUUCAGCCAACAAACGGCAACAAUAUGACGCCGUGCCGCAGCAAUGGAAAUCGAAAGUUAUUAUUUUUGGCCAUAUUGGUGACUACUGUAAGCGUUUAUACCCAGGCGGCAGCCCUGGAGGCACGUGAAGACCUUGAAGUUCUGUAUCCUCCUCAGUUUACCACCAAUCGUAUUGUGGGUGGUGAAGAUGCCCCCGAAGACUUGGCACCCUAUCAGAUCUCAUUGCAAAGUUUAAAGGGUCGCCAUUUCUGUGGUGGGGCCAUUAUCGACAAACGGUGGGUAAUAACAGCCUCCCAUUGUGUGGCCGGAGCCAAGCCGGAAAAACUCAAAGUCCUCACCGGGGCCUAUAAUCUUAAGAACCAUACCGGAAAAUACUACUUUGCCGAUCGCAUUGUAAUGCAUUGCAGUUACAACAAUCCCGCCUAUGCCAAUGAUAUUGCCCUGAUCCAUUUGAACAGAUCCAUUGAAUUCGAUGAACACACCAAGGCAGUGGAAUAUGAUAGUGAACCGUUGAAGGAUGGCGAUGAGUUGGUGCUCACUGGUUGGGGUACCCUAUCGCUGGGUGGUGAGGUGCCACAAAUGUUACAAACUCUAACGGUGAAGUAUGUUCCAUUCAAGGAGUGUCGGGCUGCUCAUGACAACAGCACUUGGGUUGAUAUUGGCCAUUUGUGUACGUUCAACGAUAAGGGCAAGGGUGCCUGCCAUGGCGAUAGUGGUGGUCCAUUGGUGCAUAAUGGUAAAUUGGUGGCUUUGGUGAAUUGGGGUCGCCCCUGUGCCAAGGGCUUCCCAGAUGCCCAUGCCAGAGUUUCGUAUUAUUAUGAUUUCAUACGCACCACCUUGAGUGGAUGUCUUCGUGAGCCAGAAAAGCCCAAAGAGCCCGCCAAGGAGCCACCAAAGGAACCAGAGAAAGAGCCGGCAAAGGAACCACCAAAGGAACCAGAGAAAGAGCCAGCCAAGGAACCACCAAAGGAACCGGAGAAAGAACCUGCCAAGGAACCUUCAAAAGAGCCCGAAAAAGAGGGAGAAAAGGAAGGUGAAAAGGAGGGCGAAAAAGAAGAGGAAAAAGUAACAUCUGCCAGCAGUAGUGCUUGAGAUGAUUGAUUAAAAUCCACUUGGUAUACAUUUAUUUAA